UUAUUUUACAGAUUUAUUUGCAUAAAAAUCGUUAAAGUUUAUUAAUUAUUAUUUCAAUAGUGGUCAAAGUGUUUUCAGUUCAACCUGUAGAUGUGUUACCUCCGUACAAAGUGAUUUGAGUUUAAAAUCGAGUGUUUCGUUGAGCGAAUUUUUAUAAAAUGAUAAAAAAUAUUUUAAAACACACUAGCUAAUGAUUUUCUACCACUCUAACCGGUUUUAGUUUAUCGGAGGUUACUUAUUUAUAACGAGUUCUACGAUUUAGUUAAGUAUUUGUAUUGAAUGUGAGUCAUUUUAUGUGAAAACUCGCAAGGCUACGUGCGUGUUUAUAAUUGAAUUCUCUCGAGUAUCACUUAAAAGUCCCUUUUGGGUUUCAUUGCAAAAAUGAAUGUUAAUCAAAGCUUUUCGAAAAGCUUGGGUAUAUGGAUAUCAGACAAGAAAAGCCAGAAAUUAAACUGGAAGGAACUGAUUGUGUCAUGCAAUUCUCACGGAUAUAAUAUUGUAAAAUUGGAUAUAGAAAAACCGUUUGAGGAGCAGGGUGAAAUCAACAUAUUCUUACACAAGCUAACAGAUGUUAUAGCAUCAGCCGAUCAAGGGGAAGAGAAGACCUCCAUCAUCAUAAACCGCAUUGAGCAGUAUCUGUCUAAUCAUCCAAAUGUAUUAGUUAUUGAUCCCUUGGACAAUGUUAGGAUACUGUUAAAUAGGUUUAAUUAUUAUAGUAUACUAAAAGAGGAAUCAUCUUUAAGAAAAAUAGGAAUAUUCACACCAACUUUUGCUGAAUUUAAAACUAAUAAUAUAAACGAGAAUUAUGAUAUUAUGAGGCAGAAUGGAGUGACUUUUCCUGUGAUUUGCAAACCCACUGUUGCUCAUGGUUCAAAGCUGGCUCACGAAAUGGUAGUCAUUUUCAACAAAAGAGGUUUGAGUGUGUGCAAACCUCCAUGUGUUGUCCAGAGUUUCGUCAACCACAAUGCGGUGCUUCACAAAAUAUUUGUAGUGGGAAACAGAUACAAUAUUGCACAACGGCCUAGCUUGAAAAACUUCUAUGCAUCUGACGACUUGGACCCAAUAUUCUACAGCACAGGUGAAGUAUGCAAAGCUGACAGCCAAUCAACACUGUCUAUUUUGGACCCACAGGACAUGGCAGACAGAAAUAUGUGCCUAAAUGAGGAUAAAAUCAAGACUAUCAUCCAAAUUCUUCGAAGAAGAAUUGGCUUAGUGUUAUACGGAUUUGACGUAGUCAUAGACAAUGUGACAGGCAAUCAUGCGGUAAUAGACAUUAAUGUGUUUCCAAGUUACGACAACUUUCCAAACUUCUUCGAGCAUCUUCUAGAAUGUAUAGAGGAGAUGGAAUGCACAGAAAACUCCAACGGUGUGACCGAAGUGUGCAGUAGAAAUAGGUUAAUUAACGUAGGCAGUUGUAGUAAUAAAUAUGGAGUGGUCGGUAUGAAUAUUAACUAAAGAAACACUGCUAGUGUCAUGUUACGAAGAUAGUUUGCCAGUAAAAUCUCGUAUAUUUGCACUAACUGAAUCCAACAAACGGUAUAAUACGCAAAAGAAAAAAGUAAGAAAUGGUAAAUUUAUUGUAAUUACUUGUGAUAUGGAAGAAAGAAGAGCAUUUUAAUAUUAUCGAUAGAAAUACCGAAAAAUCUAGUGUCUAGAUGCAGAUGUAUACAUACAUUAUGAGUUAUUUUCAAGCUCAGUUUAUAAAUUAACAUAGUUGUGUCUUCUUAAAAUCAUUACUUAUCGGAAAAAAAGUUUCUCCAAUCCGUAUUUAGACUACUCAUUGUAGAUUUUUCAACAAAAAUUGUAGAAACACUGUUUCAUCAUGGUAUUAACCAUGAUGAAACAUGCUAUGUCAGUUUCUAAAUAACAUUAAGGCCUUAAAUCUUAGUUUACUUAGUAGGAAGUAAGAUUUAUUAUAGCAAGAUAAGUAACUAGCAGCUAAAUAAAUAAAAGCAAAACAAUGUUACAACAGACUGGUCAACUAAUCACUUUUCUAUGUAAAUAUUGUUCCAAUGUUGAAAAUUAU